CCGCCGCACAGUGGUUCCUCCCAUAGGUCAUAAGUCAAAAUUUUAAGGUUUAUCAAAUUGUUUAUUUUUGAUGCAGUAAUUAUCUAUGAUAACGGGACAACUAAGUGACAGUAAGAUUUCUCAUUAAUAAUUAGUUGUUGGUUCUCAGUCGCGUCACGAAGUUGAGAGUUUUUCGCAGUUUAGAAAAAAAAUUAUAUCUGAAAAUACGAGUUCGCAUUAAUCAAUUUUUUAGAGUGUUUAAAGUUAAUUUUGGAAAAAAGAUUCAAUCAAUAUGACCAAGCGAAUCGAUAUUUUUAAUAUUUGGUACUCGGCUAAAAAAGUUGGCAGUGCUGCAAAAGCCAACGAAACUUGGACGGUUUUUAAGCAAACUCAUAAAAUUGAAGAUUUGCAAGCUAAGAAAAAGAUACUUAAUCUUUGUAAAUGCUUUCAAAGAAGGUGGGAGGCCUGCUCAAAGAAGAAAAACGUACUUUUAUCUAAAAACAGUGCUUGGCUUGAUGUCGAGGAAGAUUUUAGUGCUGUACAAGAACAACAAGAUGAGAAUAUCUCACAAAAACCUCAUGGCAGACCAAAAAAGCCAUUUUUGGAAAGCUCAUCAAGGACAAAAAGGAGACGUAUUGCAGAGAUCGUUGACAUCGUAGAUGAAGAUAUCGCUUGUGCUUUGAAAAAAUGUCAGUCCAAAGAAAAUAUUCAAAUUAAACAACUUGACACGAAUGAUGCUUUGAAGCUUUUGGUUGAGGCAAAAUUGUCAAAACAUCAGUACCAAGUCAUCAGGAACUUGGUAAACCAAAAAACUGAAGUCGAUGUUUUUCCAAGCUACGUUAAAGUUCUUAAAGCCAAACAAGAUUGUUACCCAGAACUUCAAACAAUUAAAAUAACGGAUUCAUUGGCUGAAGUUUCGCUUCAAGGGCUUCUUAAUCAUACAGCUGAACGCAUCGUAGAAUCUCAACAAGAAAUUUUUGAAAAUUUGGAGAAUGAUUUCGGUCAUCUUACUCUAAUCGGCAAAUGGGGCUUUGAUGGAAGCAGUGGACAGUCUGAGUACAAGCAAAGAAUAUCCGGCGAAUUCAGCGAUUCGGACAUGUUUAUAACUUCAUAUGUUCCAAUACAACUUUAUUCGCAAAUGGGUUCUGAAAAGAAAAUUGUAUGGCAUAAUCCUCGGCCAGGAUCAACUCGAUACUGUCGACCAAUACGUUUUCAAUUGAAAAAAGAAACGGCAGACUUGAGCCGAACUGAGCAAGAGUAUAUACAGACCCAAAUAAAUGAACUGAAUGAAACAGUUAUAAAGAUAUCCGACCGUUUUAUCAGAGUAAAGCAUAUACUUAAACUGACAAUGGUUGACGGUAAGGUAUGCAACGCUUUGUCUCAUACGGCUUCACAACAAGUUUGUUAUAUUUGUGGAGCAAAACCUUCCAAUAUGAACGACAUUGAAAGCUCGUUAGAAAGAACGAUAAAUGAAGAUUUCUUAGAUUUCGGCAUAUCUCCACUCCAUGCAUGGAUAAGGUUUUUUGAGUUCUUCAUUCAUUUAGCCUAUAGGUUGGACUUUAAAAAAUGGCGUACGGGAAGUGUUGAAAAGCCUCUUAUGGACGCACAAAAAAAACGUAUCCAAGGAGAAUUCAGGCAAAUUGGGUUGAUAGUCGACAAGCCAAAACAAGGUGGAGGCAAUUCCAAUGAUGGAAAUACUGCCCGCAGAUUUUUCGCGAACCCAUCUGUAUCUUCCCAAAUAACUGGAGUAAAACAGUCAGUAAUAGAAAGAUGUGCUGUAAUUUUGAAAACUUUGGCAAGCUGUUUUGCAAUAAAUGCUGAGAUAUUCCAGGAAUACACUCAAGAAACAGCCAGAGAAAUUGUUGCGGAGUAUCCUUGGUACCCAUUGCCAGCUUCAGUGCACAAGGUUUUAAUACAUGGCGGCCAAAUAGUAAAACAUUCAAUAUUGCCUAUAGGGCAAUUUACGGAGGAGGCAGCUGAAGCCAAAAACAAAGAUGUGAAGUUUUUCCGUUCGAAAAACACCCGAAAAACAUCAAGGACGUCAACAAACACGGAUUUGUUAAAUAGGCUAUUAUUAACUUCGGACCCAUUGCUUUCUAACGAAAGAAAUUUUAAAAAAAAUCAAAAAUCGACUCUAUCCAAGGAGAUUUUAAAUUUAUUGUUGUAAUUCUAUUAAAAAUAAAAUAAUUUAUGUAAAAAAUUAGUUUUUUAAUAAUUUAAUUUAGUUUCCAUCAGUUUUAGUUAAAUUUAGAGUUUUGACCGCACUUCCCAUACAAAUGGAACCACUGUGCGCC